GCAAGAGAGCAACUUUGGAGAGGAAACGUGCAGGCUCUGGAGGAGAACCUCCACGAACCUCUAAAAGGGUCUUUAGAGGGGUAGGUUGUGGCAAGCCAAGGGGAAGGCGAGGAGGGCGACGCAAAGCCUCAGCUACAGUCACAUACCCUCCGGUUGAGUGUUCCCUGUCAUCCAGUGUGGAGGUUCCCUCAGAAAUACUAAAUCCUCAAGAGGAAUUUGAGAAAAAUAUGGAGAGACUCUCAAAUAUUUUGGCAUCAUGUCUUUCUGCUGAGCCUCAAAGAAGCUCUGCUUCAUCAUGGUCUUUUCGGCAGCAGAAAGCCUCAGGGCGCUGGAAAGAGGCAAGACCAUACCACCUACAAUGCCUUAUCGCAAAGGAGGCUGUUGGUCAUCCCUUGUGUUGCCUUUGCCACGAGCCUGCUGUUAUUAGGUGCAGAGAGUGUCUUCCUGAGGAUUGGUUCUGUGGGGACUGUGAUGUAUUGCAUCACAAAAAACAGCCACUCCACAACAGGGAAAGUGUUAUUCGUGGGUUUUUUGAAGCCAUUCCUCCAACCUCAUGCAUCAUUAAAGGAGAAGGUGGAUAUUGCACCCAUGAGCAAGCUUGCAUUUUGCCAACUGUGAAGGUGCCAGACUGCUCCUGUGAAGGCACAAACUUCACUGUAUUACCAGGCAAACCGGUGAUUUUGAUUACCAUCAAUGGGCGUUUUGACUUGCAUCAGCCACUAUAUGAAUGUCAAACAUGCCAGCAGCAGUGGACUCCUGAUUCAAAGGACCUCCUUAGGAGUGGAUAUUGGCCAGCCUCUGUCAGCAAUUCAACGCUUUAUACACUGGACCUCCUGAGCUCCUUUCAGGAGCUCAAGGUCAUCGCUCCAGGAUUCUCCAGACAAGCCUUUGCAAAGCUGUUGGAGCAUCGGACUAAGUGUGAAGGAAGAAAAGGACAUAUCAACGGUGAUGCAUUGCAGCGGAGCUUUUUGGAUUUUUUCUACGCUUCUUUUGAAGAAGACCAGCUCUGCUGUAGUGCACCUUUCACCUGCCCAGCCUGCACGCCGGAAAUGUUGGCUGUUUCCGCCGAUGGGAACAGAAAGCUAUAUCGCUUUCACCGAAACACAAGACACAGGGAAGAGGCACAUGUGGGGACUCCCAGUGGACAGCAGCGAGGGAGACGUCAAGGAAGGCUUCCAAAUUGGAUGAAGAGGGGAUGGAGGUUGCUGUGUGUCGCCAUGGGUUCCUUCUGA